AUGGAGUUUACACAAGAUCAAAUAAGAGGAGCAGGUAAAAAUAAACGGAUCUGGACAGAUGAAGAAGAUAUGAAGCUUAUUGAGGCUCUUCUCGACUUACAUAACACAGGUCUCUAUAAUGCCGAUCGUGGAUUCAAACCUGGCCAUGUUACAGCUAUAGAGAAAAUACUUGCAAUUACUUUGCCACAUUCUUAUUUAAAGGAAGACCCCCAUAUUAAAUCUAGAAUGAAGACAUUAAAAACCCAUUUUGAUGCUGUUCAUGAUAUGUUGCAUGGGCCUAACACAAGUGGGUUUGGUUAUGAUAAUUUGAACCAUUGUGUGGUUGCUGAGAAAUCUAUGUGGGAUGCUUACCUACAGAGUCACAAGAAUGCUGCAACAUUUAAAGACAAACCUUUUCCAUUUUAUAAGGAUCUAUGCACCAUAUUUGGAAAACACCGUGUUACCGGAAAUGAUGCUGAAACAGCGGCUGAUGUUAUGGAAAAAUUGGACAAGGAAUGGAUGGACAAGGAAAAUGAGAAUGAAAAUGAUGAUGUUGGAGAUGGUUUAGAUGAUAUUGACACAUCGAUUUCAUUUAUGCAAUCUCCCACAAUUGGAAAAACUAAUGAAGUGAGCUCUAAAAAUAAAAAGAAGAGGAAAUAUCAAAGUGUCGCAGAAUCAUUGUGUGAAAUAGUGAAACAAUCUUUAACUUUGAUUAGCUCAUAUAUAAAAUCAAGUACUGAACGCCUUAGCCAAGCUAUUGAAGAUGCUUCAAUUAAUGAGUUGAAAAUUAGGCUGCACGAAGAAUUGAUGAAGUUACCAAGUUUGAACAAAACUGAUCGAGCAAAAGCUUUGGUUCAAAUUGGUCGUGACCGUGACUUGAUUCAAAUUUUUUUCACACUUGAUGAAGAUAUGAAGGAAGAAUUGGUGAAGACAGUCAUUUCGUGA